CUCUCCUCUCCAUUUUCUCGGGCAAGGGCCGUGGGGGUCAGCUCGUCAUUACUGGCUGCCCUGGGCUCUUCUUUCUGGAGUCCCUCCACUCUCUUGCCAAUCUGAGUAUUGGGGGCGGGGCCAAGGGCUUGCUUUGAAGCCCCGCCUCGGGCUCUUAUCCAAUCACAGCCCCUCCUUCUGGAGGCUGGGCCGAAGGGUUACACUCCAAGCUGCUAGCUCUGGCACUAGGCUCUCAGCUGGAGAUGAUGUGCUGCUGCUGCUGCUGCUGCUGCUGCUGCUGCUGUCGCCACCACCAGCAACCGCCCCGUGUGCUGGGGCUGUUGCUGCUGCUGCUGCUGCCGCCACCACUUGACCUUGUAUCUCCCCUGGCAGCAGCCACAGCGGGCCCAGGCCGCUGUGACACCAUAUACCAGGGCUUCGCCGAGUGUCUCAUCCGCUUAGGGGACGGCAUGGGCCAUGGAGGCAAGUUGGAGACCGUCUGCAGAUCUUGGAAUGACUUCCACACCUGCGCCUGGAGAGUCCUGUCGGCCUGUCCGGAGGAGGCAGCUGCUGUGUGGGAGUCGCUACAGCAAGAAGCUCGCCGGGCCCCGAACCCAGAUAACUUGCAUGCUCUGUGCGGUGCCCCUGUGCAUGUCCAGGAGCGUGGCGUGGGCCCAGAGACCAACCAGGAGACACUGCGGGCCACAGCACCCGUGCCCACCCCAACGCCCACCCCCGCGCUCUUGGCCACUGCUCUGGCGCUCACCUGCCUCUUGGGGUCUCUGGCCUAGCCAGUGGGUUGGGUAGCUGCGCGUCUGCCUCCAGCCCUGCUCUGGCAGCUACCGUCGGGGCUCUGCGGAGCGUGCUCAGCUUUCAUUAAAGGUAUUUAUAUUUGUGCUAAGCUCCUUCUUUUCUUCCUGUGGCCCCUUGGCUGGGGUGGAGGCCUCCAAAAGCUGAUCCCCAAGACAGGAUGUGCGGGGCUGAAGUCUGCCACAAAGGACUCAAUCUUUCUCCUUACAAACACUCAUUUCCCAGGGGUGGCGCUGAGCUUUCCAUUGCGUUCAGGUCCUGAGAUCUGCUAGAAGACACAGCUUUUCUCUGUCCUCCCGGGCUGACACUCCUAGCCCUGCCUGCUCCUCCUAUCUUGGUCCAUAUGGGCUCUGUGAGGUGGUGGUGCAUUGUGCUCCCACCACCCAGCCAGUCCACCCCCAUCCCCAGGUUCUUCCAGCUUCCAGGCUCCUGACCAUCUCACCUCCUCCUUCCUCUGCUGUACUACCACCUUAGCCUUCAAGACACAGCUCAAACUAAGUGCUCUGUCCUCUCCCUCUCUGGUCCAUCUGAGGGGAGCCUGUUGCAGAAGGUGGGGAGCUUCUACUGGAGGGGAGUCUAAAUUCAGGUUCCUGAGGUGACCUGGAGCUGCAGAAACUGGGCUCACAAUGAGGGUUCCUCUGGCCUCUGCUCUUCACAAGCUUGUUCUUUGAGAAGAGGUGUGCAGUGUGGAGUCAAAACAAUCCCAGAAGGUGUUCUGGAAGCCUGGAAUGAGUCUGUGGUGUGAGGAGCCCCUGCUCAUCCUGAAGGAGAGGAAGAGCAAGAACCAGCAUGGGCAGAAUCCUGAGGGAAGGAGGAGGCCUGAGAGAGGAUGAGAUCCUCUUUUGACCUGUCUUCUACCACCACCACGAGGACCGUGUUCCAAGCCACCACUCCACAACUUGUGUGGGCACUGCCACAGCCUCUUCACCGGCUUCUACUCUCACUUCCUCCACUUUAUUCUCCAUUUUCUAAAUUGAAAAACUGCUCUUGGUGUUAAGCUCCUUCUCAUUGUCUACAAGGCCCUACAUAAGCCAGCUCUGCCCACAGUUUAUUCAGUCCAGUCCUGCAACUCACCUCCAUAGCAGCACAGAGGAGUGACCUACCUCCCCAAGUAGGUCCUUGGAGUCAGGGGAGCCUUCAGAGAAGGAGAGUGGUAUGGUAGGGGGUGAUAGAGGUAAGGAUGAGAAACUUAUAAGUGGUGGAGGAGAAGUGGGG